AUGGCGCCCAAAGGAUUAUGCCUCCUACCCCUCGCCCUCCUGUUCCUGCUGCUUCAAGCGGCCACCGCGAACCCCCGCCACGAGAACGUCAUCGACCGGUGCUGGCGCGGGCGAGGCAACUGGGCAGCCAACCGCCAGCGGCUCGCCGUCUGCUCCGUAGGAUUCGCGGGGAAGAUGCGGCAGAACCGUGGCGCCGGAGUGACCCCGUACACGGUCACCGACCCGAGCGACGACCCCGUGCGCCCCCGGCCCGGCACGCUGCGGUACGGCGCGACGGUGCUGCCGGGGAAGGUCUGGGUCACCUUCCAGCGGGACAUGCACAUCAGGCUGGCGCAGCCGCUCUUCGUCAAGAGCUUCACCGCCAUCGACGGCCGCGGCGCGGACGUGCACAUCGCCGGGGGCGCUGGCAUCGUGCUCUACGAGGUGAACAACGUGAUCAUCCACGGGCUCCAGGUGCACGGCAUCCGCGCGCAGCCCGCGGGGCGCGUGGUGCGCCCGGGCGGCGCCGUGCAGACCGUCGACGUCGGCGACGGCGACGCGAUCCGGCUGGUGACCAGCUCCAAGGUGUGGAUCGACCACAACACGCUGUCCCGGUGCGAGGACGGCCUCCUGGACGUGACGCUGGGGUCCACCGACGUGACCGUCUCCAACAACUGGUUCCACGACCACGACAAGGUCAUGCUGCUGGGGCACGACGACGGCCAGCUCACCGACCGCCGGAUGCGGGUCACCGUCGCGUUCAACCGCUUCGGCCCCAACGUCAACCAGCGCAUGCCGAGGAUCAGGCACGGCUACGCACACGUCGUCAACAACUUCUACGACGGGUGGAGGGACUACGCCAUCGGGGGGAGCAUGGGGCCGAGCGUCAAGAGCCAGGGCAACCUGUUCAUCGCCUCCACGACGGACAGCGCCAACGUAACGCGAAGGAUGCCGGCCGGAGAUACCGCCGGGAAGGAGUGGCAUUGGCACUCCGUGGGGGACUCGUUCGAGAACGGCGCCUUCUUCCAGCAGAUGGGCAGCAGGGUGCGGCCGAAUUACAACAGGCAUCAGGCGUUCCCGGCAGCGAGCUCGAGCGUGGUGCGGUCUCUGACCAAGGACGCUGGUGCUCUGAGGUGCUCCGCCAGGUCCGCCUGCUGA